UUGGCCUCCAUCGAUCGUUAUCAGUUUUUUUGCCGUUUUACUUUGCCUUGGUUUUGCUUUUCUCUUAUUUAGCUAUCCCAUUCCCAUGGCAUGUACUACUCCACAAUACAACGAACCCUAGCUAAGCAACAAAACUACACCUGCCAGCAGCUUGUUCCGCCUCCUCCGUUCCAAUUGACAAGUCCCUCGAUCGCCUCUUCUCCUCCACACAGCUGAUCUCACAAGCUGAGGCGAUUGAUCCAUGUCCGGGCCAACCUGCAGCGUGUGCGGCGUGGCUGCCUGCUGCCGGCACCACUUGCACGCUGGCGCAGACCUCAACAGCGGAGCCUUCUCCAUGUUCCCCGUCGUCGUUCAUGAUCAGGCCAGCAUGCAGCCGCCAGGGGGCCUGCACGAGUUCCAGUUCUUCGGCCACGAAGACCACGAAAGCGUCGCCUGGCUCUUCGACGAUGACCCGCCGCCGGCCGUCGGUGGUGACGACCUGUCCCCAAUUGAGAACAACCGUCACCAGAGAUGUCACCCUGGGAACGGGCUCACCCUCGAGGUGUCGCUUGGCCAGCGAGAGGUGGACGCUGGUCUGGGCCUCGGCAGCGGUGCCCGGCACACGGAAACAGCGGCAAGCGCCACCAUCAUGUCAUUCUGUGGGAGCACAUUCACGGACGCUUCCAGCUCGAGGCCCAAGGAGCCGAUCCUGAUCGACGGUCGACUGCAAAGGCCAGUAGAUCCAGCGGUGGAGAGGGAGUCAAAGGUGAUGAGAUACAAGGAGAAGAGGAAGAGGAGGCGCUAUGAAAAACAGAUCCGGUACGCGUCCAGGAAAGCCUACGCGGAGAUGAGGCCUCGGGUGAAAGGCCGCUUCGCCAAGGUACCCGAUGUUAAUGUUAAACUUGUUGUAGGUUGAACCUUGCACAUUGCCUUUGUCUGUUUGAUAUAUGUUCCAUGGCAUAGUACACACGUCAGGAAGUAGUCCUAGCCUGGUACAUGGAUUUGCAUGUAGCGAGUAGUGCGGCACCCAUGUAGUAGUCAUAGCGUGGCGCACGUAUAGGAAGCAUGGCAUGUAAAGCGGAUCGAGUCGAUCUGUCAGUGGCUCGCCGGGUUAGAGUUCUACUUAUCCUGUAUUCAGUUAGGGUACUACAGCAUCAAGUCAUCAAGAUAACAGAGAAUAAAAUUGCCCCACGGAACU